AAGAGAGUACCAUCUCCUGUGCACUUCCAUCUGCUGUUUAAAGCACACUGACGCUCUGUACCUGCGGUGAGGAAGACUUGUAUGUUACCUAGGACUCCACGAUGCCUUCCAGCAGACGACUGAAUCGCAUUUUUAUGCUCCUGCUUGCUCAAGUUUUGUCUAGUUUUGCUGUGCUGGAGAUUCAAACAGAUCAUGAAACCAUUAUGAAGAUCAAUGCUGCUGGAGAAAUGAUGCAGUGCUCCGCAGCCAUGGAUAUUCUCUUUGUGAUAGAUGGCUCAUACAGCGUUGGGAAGGGAGGAUUUGAACGAUCACGGCACUACAUGUUAAAGCUGUGCGAGGCACUUGACAUCAACACAGAUAAGGUGAGAGUUGGUGUGGUUCAGUGUGGCUCCACACCAAGACUGGAAAUCAGUCUAGACUCCUACAACAACAAGGAAGACCUGAAGAAGCGGAUGAAGAAAAUCCACUAUAGAGGUGGCAGCACACAGACAGGUCUGGCUCUCAAGUUUGUUGUGAGGAAGGGAUUUUCCAGCAUACGUAAUUCCACAGUGCCGCGCGUCGCCAUCCUUUUAUCCGACGGAAAGUCCCAGGGUGCCGUGGAGCUGGCAGCCUCAGAGCUUAAGCAGUCUGGGGUGGUUCUGUUUGCGGUGGGCAUACGUUACCCCAGGUGGGAGGAGCUUCGUGAUGUGGCCAGUAGUCCAUCUGAUGCUCACGUGUUCUUUGCGGAGCACUUUAGCGACGCUGUGAACGGAUUGCUCACCGCCCUCACCACCUCAUCAUUCUGCACAGCCGUUCCUGCAGGGUGUAAGGUGGAGUCAUAUCCAUGUGUGCAGAAAAGCCUGGAAACGGUCAGAGAGCUUCAGGGGAACUUCAUGUGCUGGAAAGGGUCCAAAGGAUACUCACCAUAUACCUCCCUCUGCCCUCAUUACAGGUAUAGUAGAGUUUACAAGCAGCACCCUGUGGUCUGUCACAGAACAAUAUGUCCAGACCCCUGCGACUCACAGCCAUGUCAGAACGGAGGGAAGUGUUUUUCCGAGGGCCUUGAGAAAUACCGCUGUGAAUGCCCCGCGGGCUACGGCAGUGACCCCAACUGUGCUCCCGUUCUGAGCUUCGACUGCACCGUGGACGUUCUCUUCCUGGUGGAGGGCUCCUCAGCUCUCACACUUGAGGGCUUCUUGCGGUUCAAGUCCUUCCUCAAGCGUUUCAUGCAGGCCGUGCUGAGUUCCGACACCCCAGUGAAGAUGGGUUUGGCCCAGUACGGCAGUGACGUGAAGAUGGAGGUUAAAAUCGGAGAGCACAGAGACCCAGCGAAGCUGAUUCAGGCGGUCGAGGGUAUGCAGCACCAAGGUGGACAAGCCAAGACCGGAAAUGCUCUUCGACACAUCACACGCCACGGUUUUCAAAGCUCUCCCAUCUUCGCCGACGUCCAGGACGACCUGCCGCGAGUGGUGGUGCUGCUCGCGGGAACGCCGUCGGUGGACCCCGUGGUGGAGCCGGCAAAGUACGCCCGAGACAGAGAGAUCUUCAUCAUCGGCGUGGCACCAGAAGGGAUGCGGACUGAGAUAAACAACAUCACCGGUAACCCCCAGCGCACCAUCACUUAUCAGUCACCGGAUAGAUUGAGCACUAAGAUCCCAGAACUCCGAGCCAAAAUUUGCAGCGUGGACAACCAGGGUUGUUUGGGUCAAGCGUUGGAUCUUGUCUUCGUACUGGACGCCUCCAGCGGUGUUGGGAAAGACAAUUUCGUUUACCUUCAAGACUUCGUACGAAGCACCUCUGUGCAGUUUGACAUCAAUCGGGACUUGGCUCAAGUUGGGCUGGUGGUCUACGGAGGGAGACCUGUAACAGUCUUUGACCUGGACAAAUAUGAUUCGGGCUCCGCUGUGCUCAAGGCAGUGGGAGAUGCGUCGUAUCUGGAUGGGAAGGCAUCGACCGGCUCCGCCCUGCUUCAUGUCCACUCCAGCAGCCUGACGGUGGGGAAGGGGGCACGGCCAGGGGUCAACAAGGCCGUGGUGGUGUUGACCGACGGGACGGGGGCGGAGGAUGCUGCAGUUCCCGCCCAGAAGAUCCGUGAUCGGGGCGUGUCUGUGUUUACGAUUGGCAUCGGGGACACACAGCAGGAGGUUCUCCUCCGCAUCGCUGGCUCUGAAGAUCACAUGAUCUCUGUGCCUUCAUACGAUGACUUAAAAUAUUCAGAGGAUGUGCUGGUGCAGAUGGUGUGCGCAGAUGUAAAGAAACCGGUUAAUCUGUGCAGUCCAAACCCCUGUAUGAAUGACGGUGUGUGUGAACUGUCCAACGGCAGCUAUCGCUGUGAAUGCCAGGGAUGGAAAGGCCCCCACUGUGAAACAAGAAUCAGAGAGCAGCCGUCCAGAGGAGAUCUCCCCAAACCUGCAGCUCUGAGGCGUCGUCUGCACAAGAGUGAGAAAGAGCAACUGCAACGCUAUCGAGCGCAUCGCAGGAGACACAUAUCCAGAACACAGAAAACAUAAACAGAUCAACGUACAA